UACUGUGUGAGCUGUGAUUGGUCACAGCUUGUCACAUGGUACAAGGCUGUUGUGAAUUGCCUUUUACCAUGUGACCUCUGUGAUCAUUCACAGAUUUUCACUAGUAGUAAGCAAUGAUGUCAGAAGUGACAUCUUGCUUACUAUUAUUCAAGUGAUCACUGACUGGCCAAUCAGUGAUCACAUGAUCGGGACCUCAUACAGAGGUCCUGUACAGCGAUCGGUUUCCGGAGGACACAGCGGGCACAGCGGGCACCGGAUCGCGGUGCCACGUGCUCCCAGGGAGUGCGCACAGGCAGUGAACGUGGAGGCUGUUUAUAAACGGCCACCCGCUCCUGCACUGCUCCCGUCUGGCCGUUUAUGUACAUGGGCCGGAUGGAAAGUAGUU